AUGGUGACCGACGACGUUGGUAUCCUCCAUCACUUACCUCAUGGGCCUCCUCCUCUCCCCGGCGACGAGGCCGAACAUGGCCCAAACCACCUUCCUACAGCCCCUCACAUCUACUCACACACUCAUCACAGUCUCAUCCAUAGAGUCACACCUCGCCGCCUUCCUCAGCGCGGACUAUCUCCAAACUUCAGUAUCAACUCCUACUAUCUCGACCUCCUGAACAGAAUCGGGUUCAACUCCCCUCUCCCCGCGGGAUCCAACACACCCUUCCCUUCUAGUCCUGUCCGUCCACCCAAGCCCGCGGAACGCCUCGAGCCGACCAAGGAAGGGUCCAAGAACCUGGUCCCCGUCGUGGCGAUGCGAGAGAGAACGACUCAUGUCUGGUCCUUCGUCGCACACGUGUCGCAAGCGCUCCAGAUGGAGAGUGACUGGCCCAUGUCCUCACAAAUAGUCGAGGAAGGUGAUACAGCCCUGGAGACAAGACUCCUCCCAACUCCGCCGGCUGAGCUGAGCAUCGGCUUUAUGGAUCUAGAUCACCCCGUCGGGGGCAUGAGUCAAGGGCCGGACGGCUCUGUGCCCGCCACUCGCCCCGAUAUCGCGGGACCUUCUCUUCUCGGGCCAGAACCAGGUCGAAGCGUCCCUCCCCAAGGUUUCACCUCCAAGGUUCCGCCCGUCUCGCCAUCUCCCGACCCAGAUGCAUCCUCCCUCAUGGUCGUCGAUCACGCACCCCUCAAGCGACAAGCCAUGCGAGGCAACUUCCGUGCACCCGAGCAAGUCGCUCCCGAGGAAGCACAGUGGCGCACUGGCAAGGCGCCAGGUUACCAGGGCCUGAACCAGAAGCGGAAAGCCGAGUCUAGCAGUGAUCACGAGAAUGAGUCUCGCGACAUAGGAGUGUCGGCGGCUCGGGUACUCAAGCGGCCGUUCAAGCCUCCCACCAUAGUCAAGCUGCCAACGGCCCGAAAGGUCAGACUCAAGCCUACUCAACCAGCGGCUCCCGUAAACAAGCCGCGUAUAGGUCUAACCCGCCAGCUCGGGACGACUCUCCGAGCAAAGCCCUUUAUCCCUCCCUCCCAGGCCGCCGACGGAUCAUCAGCCCAGCCGCACUUGAACUCGUUUCGGAGGACCAGCAGAAGCGGGAAGAGCAGCGCCAUGGACCUUAACAAGCCGCUGAUUGCCUCGCUCGAGAACCGCCUUCUGACCAUCCGCAAGGCGAUCAACCUCGACCAGUCAAACAACGAUAGUGUUGUCGAUGGACGAGUCCACACAUGGCGCCAUGCGGGUCGCGAGGUGGCCGACAUGCUGUUUGCGCUACUUCCUCAGCCGAGUGAAGACUGUGAGAGCCGCCUCACGUCGUCGCACUGGGACGACUGGGGCUACGGUAACGACCACCACUCGGAGAGACUCACCCCAGUGCAGCUUGAGUACCUGCGCAACGCACCCACUGAUGCAAAUGGCGACAUCCUUGACGAGGCCGGCGAUCGCGUCUUCGGCGGGAACGACGAUAUUACAAGUUUCAUAGACCAGGCCUUGUCCCUUGACCACUGCACUCCGGCGACUGAGCGCUACCGUGAUGAGUGCGACCCCGUACCCAAGACGGAGUACGGCGUUUGGGACAAGGGCGCCAUGCUGCUGCGCCUCAGAGUCGACCCCAACCUCCUGGGCUGGGACCGCGAAGCCGAGGACUGGAUGGAGAUGGGUGAAUGA